GUGGGACAGGCUAAUGGUGAAGUCAAGAUGGCGGAGCAGCUCCGGCAGAGGAGAGAGCCAGCACCAGGAAGGCCAUGAAUGAAGUUUAGUGUUUAAAAACCUCUUAACGCUGCUCGUCUACACUCAAACUAUCGUGCUGUUGUACUUCCAAUCAGACUGUGGCGGACUGGAAACGUUCAACGGAAUAAAAAACAACCGAGGAGAAAGCCUCGUAUGAAUUCCGACGAGAAGGAGGACUGUGAGUGUGCGCCACCACAGGCCGAGAGCAGCCCCGCGGGAGGAGCACUGAGAGAAUACGAGGAGACUGAAAUAGAAAACCCAGAAGCAAGCCGAAUGAAGCGAGCAGCUGCCAAACAUCUAAUAGAGCGCUACUACCACCAGUUAACGGAGGGCUGUGGGAACGAGUCAUGUCCCAACUCCUGGUGUGCCUCGUCGGUCAGCUUCAGCCGCAUGGACAACAACGCGGCGGCGGUCAAAGCCUUGGAGCUCUACAAGGUGAACGCUAAGCUAUGCGACCCCCACCCCUCCAAGAAGGGCACGGCCUCCGCGUACCUGGAGAGCGGCGGCGCUCGCAGUAACUCCUCCUGCAGCAACAGCAAGAUGAACCAUAAAGACAUGCACUCUGUGCGGGACAAUUUCAAAGACGUGAAUUUCCUGACGGAGGAGAAAGUGUACGAGAUCUUGGACAUCUGCGGAGGGAAGGAGGAUUACUCGCCUCUGAUACGGGUGAUCGGUCGCGUCUUCUCCAGCGCCGAGGGCCUCGUGCAGAGCUUCAGGAGGUCCAAACCUCACACCAAGGAGGAGCUCAAGUCCCUCCAGGGUAAAGACGAGGACAAAGACGAGGACGAGAAGGAGGCCGCGGCGUGCUCUGCAAUGGAGGAGGAUUCCCCCGCCGCCUCCUCGUCGUCACGGCUCGGCGAGGGCUCUUCGGACGAGAACGACGUCCAGAAGCUGGCGCCCGAUGAGGUGACAGUGGACAUUGAGGCGGUGCGGCGGGUCUACGAGCGCCUGCUGUCCAAUGAGAAGAUAGAAGCGGCCUUCCUGAACGCACUGGUCUACCUCUCACCGAACGUAGAGUGCGACCUGACGUACCACAACGUGUACUCACGAGACCCAAACUACCUGAACCUGUUUGUAAUAGUGAUGGAGAACAACAACCUCCACAGCCCGGAGUACCUGGAGAUCGCUCUGCCGCAGUUCUGCAAGGCCAUGAGCAAACUCCCGCUGCCGGCUCAGGCCAAGCUGGCCCGGCUGUGGUCGCACUACGGCGCCGAGCAGAUCCGCCGCAUGGUGGAGACGUUCCAGCAGCUCAUCACGUACAAGGUCAUAAGCAACGAGUUCAACAGCCGCAACCUGGUCAACGACGACGACGCGGUGGUGGCGUCAACCAAGUGCUUGAAGAUCGUCUACUAUGCAAACGUGCUGGGGGGCGACCUGGACGUCGAGCACAACGAGGAAGAGGACGAGGAGCCCAUCCCCGAGUCCAGCGAGCUCACGCUGCAGGAGCUGCUGGGCGAGGAGCGGAGGAACAAGAAGAGUCCCCGCGUGGACCCGCUGGAGACGGAGCUCGGGAUCCGCACCAACGACUGCCGGCGGCCGCUCAUCCUCUUCGAGGAGUUUGUGAACGAGCCGCUGAACGAGGUCCUGGAGAUGGACAAGGACUACACUUUCUUUAAGGUGGAGACUGAAAACAAGUUCUCCUUUAUGACCUGCCCCUUUAUCCUCAACGCCGUCACCAAGAACCUGGGUCUGUACUACGACAACCGCAUCCGCAUGUACAGCGAGCGGCGCAUCACUGUCCUCUACAGCCUGGUGCAGGGUCAGCAGCUCAACCCGUACCUGAGGCUCAAAGUGCGGCGAGACCACAUCAUCGACGACGCUCUGGUCAGGCUGGAAAUGAUCGCGAUGGAGAAUCCUGCAGACUUGAAGAAGCAGCUGUACGUGGAGUUUGAAGGAGAACAAGGUGUUGAUGAAGGAGGCGUUUCCAAAGAGUUCUUUCAGCUGGUGGUGGAGGAGAUCUUUAACCCGGAUAUUGGAAUGUUCACGUACGAUGAGGGCACCAAACUGUUCUGGUUCAACCCGUCCUCGUUUGAAAACGAAGGCCAGUACACCCUGAUCGGCAUCGUCCUCGGCCUGGCCAUCUACAACAACUGUAUCCUGGACGUCCACUUCCCCAUGGUGGUCUACAGGAAGCUCAUGGGCAAGAAAGGAACCUUCAGGGACCUGGCCGACGCAAACCCGGUUUUGUACCAGAGUCUGAACGAGCUGCUGGAGUACGAGGGAAGCGUGGAGGAGGACAUGAUGAUCACGUUUCAGAUCUCCCAGACGGACCUGUUCGGGAAUCCACUCAUGUACGAUUUAAGGGAAAACGGGGACAAGAUUCCAGUCACGAACGAGAACAGAAAGGAGUUUGUGGCGCAGUACGCAGAGUACAUGCUGAACAAGAGCGUGGAGAAACAGUUCAAAGCAUUCAGGAGAGGUUUCCACAUGGUCACCAACGAGUCGCCGCUCAAGUACCUGUUCAGACCGGAAGAGAUCGAGCUCCUCAUCUGUGGCAGCAGGAACCUUGACUUUUUAGCACUUGAAGAAACGACAGAAUACGACGGCGGUUACAACAGAGAUUCAAGAAUUAUCAAGGAGUUUUGGGAGACGUUGCACUCAUUCGGGGAGGAGCAGAAGCGCUUCUUCCUGCAGUUCACCACUGGCACUGACAGAGCACCUGUAGGGGGGUUGGGCAAGCUGAAGAUGAUCAUCGCCAAGAACGGCCCUGACACGGACAGGUUACCAACGUCUCACACUUGCUUUAACGUGCUGCUGCUGCCCGAGUACAACACCAAGGAGAAGCUGCGGGAGAGACUGCUGAAAGCCAUCACCUAUGCCAAAGGGUUUGGCAUGCUCUGAGCCCCCCACCCCUCCUCCUCCCCACCCCGCUCCGAACACACAGCAGACGGACUCCUUCUUCUCAGAAGGCCAAUGAAACCCUGCCCCGCCCUUCCUUUAUCAGAAACUAUCCGACAGGCGACAAAACCAGAGUGUGUUUCCUGGAGAGAGUCAACAACCAGAGAGGAGAAAUGGUUCCAAUAGAGCGCUCGAGUAGUUCUUCUACUGUGCCUGCAUCAUCCCGCAUCCUUCAGUGUAAGCACAGAGACCUCCUGAUCAAACCCCCACAUCCACGUUCUGUGAAUGUGCCGCCUCCCUGUCUUUUUUUCUAUGUAUAGAGAGGAUCAUUUUCCUUAUUAUUAUUUAUUUUAAGGUUAAAUGGGUUAUUUUUCACGCCUGCCUGUCGGGAUAGCGCCCCUGCUCGAGGGAAUGGGGGAGGGUUAUUAUUAAACUAUGUAAAUUUGGGUUUUCAGAAGGCGGUAUAACCCCCGGUUAUUGAACAAAGAGGUGUUAGCGUAGCCUGAACGCUUGUUCACAGACGACAAAACCUAGUCCUAGAGUAGUGGUUUUAAUCCCCGCUGAAGAAAGAGCUCCAUUCCACCUCUCAGACGUCGCUUAAGGUCCCACAAAGUCCAUUUAUGAUCAAGGUAAGCAUCCGGAAACACCUGUCAUUUGGUCCAGAAUGGCACAUUAUCAAAGAGCAGUUCUUCUUUUUUUAUUUCAGGCCUUUGUUCCUUGUUGGGAGGGGGAGACACACACCGCAGGUUAGACUCAAAUCUUGUCAGAGCUGUGUAAGUGCACUUAGACAUUUUCAGAAUGUUUGUUUUUUGGCCGCAGGUUGCCAUGAUUGUUUGAAACCUUUUAUUUCCAUGUCUUCCUGUGUUGACGACUCUAAAUAAUAAUACAAAAAAACAGUAUUUAUAUAAUCAGUGCGGUUGGAACUGCGAUGCACGUUUUCGGAGGAUGUCCACUUGUUAGACCGGUCACUGCUGAUGUUCUCAGACUUUAGAGCUCUUCAUGUGCCAACGAAUCCAGUCAGAUGAUAGGUGAAACCCCCGACUUAGCACUUUGUGGAAACGUCUCACACAGAACAGAGACUCUGCAGACAACACAGAGUUCAUUUUCACUGACGGAGAGUUGUGAUCUGGUCGGAGUUACACCCGGGACAUUCUGGUGUUUUUAAACCUGGGCCGUAUUUUAUUCAUCCAGGGGGAGCAGGUUUUGAAAUCGCUCCUGUAGUUUGCUUCAGUCUGCAGCUGUAACGGCUGGGACGCAAUCCUAAAGUACUUCUAGUCGGCGGCUCGGAUUGUUCUUAUCAGUGUCGGAGAAUAAACUAGAAACAGAGGACGGGCAGAAGCAGGACUUUAACUUGCAUUAAGAAAGAGUAGUAACCACUUCAGAGUUUGCAGCACCGUGUAGCAACAGACGCUCGCUCUCCAUGCUGCAGCCGUCAAACAUCCUCUUCUGUUUUAGUCGUGAGGUGAGGUAAACAGCUAACUCCUCAAUCAAACUACGCACCUACAGAAGAGACGGGAGCUAAAACAGAAACAGGGCGAUGAGUCCAAAGCAUGCAUCGCUCUUGUGCAAUCAUGACACUCAAAUUAGAAACCAUGUAAUCCGUUUGAUUCACCGUCAGCUGCUUUGAUACAUAUUUUUGUCCUUUCGUUUGACGCUAAAAUCACGCCCUUUCCAAGUCACACUAACAAACUAACUGGGGUGGAGGUUGUCCAGCAGCUCCUGUGCUCUCUGAGGGAACAUUCACAGCUUUUGUCGGAGGAGUCUGGUGGAUGUAAGGACAGUUUCCGGUUCAUGAUCGCAUCUUUCUGAAGCAAAACAAACUCCUCCGACAAAAACAGAGAUUUUAACUCCCAGAACAAGAUUCUACUCUGCCUCUUUAUUUCCCUCUUAGUGAUUAUCUAUGUGUGACUUCAGCUCCCAAAACUGUCCAACAGAGGCAACGAUAAUCCAGCAGCUCCCGUGUUGAAUCACAGGCUUUAAAGAGAGAUAUGUAACAGCUGUGUGUGGGUAAAUCAUCUUCCUCUUCCUCAUAAAGCUCUCUCUCUGUCAGGAUCCUUUCUUUAAUGUUCUCUCAGACUAACAACCCGAGCCUGAGGACUCGCUUUGAUCCAUCACGGAUUACGUUGCAGACGUUACAGCCUGUUCACCUGCUGCAGGAGGAAGGUGCGAUUCCAAAACGUCAUGUGAGUCAGAAUGAAUAAAAACGAGCUCAGCUUUAAAGACACCAGAACAUGCAUUUCACAUUUGAAGAUCUGUGUCCCUCUGCUUCGUACAUUUACGUCCCUCACUGAUCAGGGGAACGGUGUUCCGCUCAGUGAGGAUGAAACAGGUGAAACCACUGUCUGGAAAAGUCUACCGCAGGUGUUAAAGCACUUUUUCUGUUUAACAACAUAAAGUUAGAAGUUCAGCUGUGAAAUCAUUUUCCCACAGAACAGGCAAUGUUUUAUUUUUAUGGUUUUGUUUUUGUUUAUUUUCCGUAGAAUCGUCUGAACUUGUAAAAGGACUGGAGUGAUAUCUGCAUAAUGUUCUUGCACACAGACUCACUGGUUUAAAGGUUGUUGUUUUUUUAAAUACAAACCUGGAUCUUUCUUUGUAGUUUGGCCAUGAUUUUGUUUUCACUUUCUCACUCAGCAGUUUGUCGACAUCUUCGACUGAGUGCGUAAGGCGAACAGCAGAACUCACCCUGAGAGGUCCUAAACCUACAGCGACAGUUUAUCUAAAUCAUUUCAACCACUUAUUUAAACCUGGGGGAUCGGAGGUGUCAGGUUUGGUGGAUGUUGUGCAAAGUGCAAAAACUGCAGUUCUCUUAGUGGCCACUCGAGGCUCUCUCUCCCUGUUGGUCGACAUUCAAAAUGCCCGUUUUCUGCAGCAGAAUUAAACGUGUUUACAGCUUUGCUCUCUGUUCCUCAUUUCUUGAUGCUUCUAAACAUACAGAGGGUGGAUUCGAUCAAACUGAUUCGUUAAGGGUUACACAUAAUUACUCAGAUGUUUGGCCGUGAUGAUUUGACUUACAGGCCUUAACUCCGCCCAUUUUUCCACAGAUUUCAAAUGAGUCGCAACAAGUCAUGUUUUCAUGUUUUACACGCCCUUCAGGAAAUAAAUGGAAGCCAACACCUUGAUUAGCAGGAAAAAUACCCCCCAGUCUAAAAUCUUGAGCAUGCACUUACCUUUAAAUAAGUGGUUAAAAUAGAUUAGAUAAACUCUUCUCUACAGCAUCCUUACGAGGUGAAAAAUCUUCUUAUCAAGGUCUGAUUCCUGGUUUUUAUAGCUUCCUACCACGUCUUCAUCCGGGUCGAUAAACAGAGCUGAUUUGGAUGUUAUCACUUAUUUGGAGCUUUAGUUCUAGGACCAUGGUCGCCAAAUAUUUGCUUUCCACCACCACCUGACCAAAGCGCAUUUCAUUGGCUGACUAAGAAGUGGAAGUAACAACCAUGAAGUCACACAUUGGUUCGGAUUGGACUGGAACAUCUUACUCAUACACAAGAUUAGCUAAACCUUAACUUAGCUCUUCUGGACAUCACCAUAUUUUGGAAAGUAAGAAGUCGGCCCAUUUUCUCAGACUUCUUUUGCAACCAUUGGAGUCGCCCCCUGCUGUCCAUUAAACGUAGUACAGGUCUAACACACGCAUUCUUCACUCGAGGUAACACCUGAGUCAGCUCUUAAAGUCAACCCUCCUUUAAACUUUAAAGAACCGAACAGAUGUGGUAUUAAGAGCAGAAAACCAGCCAAUCAGGACCCAGAUUAUAAUAAACACCACUAAUGAAACCACAGUGCGCGGUCUGUGAAAGUUCACCACAACCCUGAGCUGUUGUUCUUCUGUUCCUCUUACUUUCUCAUCCUCACGGUUUCAUCCAGACCUGGGCGAGGUCACAUUCGAGAACAUCCUCAGCUGCUUCUUUUAUCCUUCAGUAAUUCGGACAAACCCUGGACGACUCCCUGAAGGUUAAAACAAAAGCUGGAGGACUUCUCGAACAGGUAUGGAUCCCAGGUCUGGUUCCAGCUGUUUUCUCUGUACCUCUGUUUUGUAAUGCUGAAGAUGCUGCUGCUCACCUGGACAUGUGAACGGGCUCAGCCCAGCGAAGUUAAAAAAGGUCGACCUGGUUUUGGAAAGGGAAGCAGUUUUCAUCGAUUCGUUUGACUCCGCGGUUACAUUCUUAAAGAUACAAACUGAUGAAAGGCUAAAGUAUUCAGUGUUGUGAAAACAUGCUAAAUAAAGAUGACUGCUUUUUUCCAAACGUG